AGAGACAGACAGAGAGGGGGAAAGUGAGUUGGGCUCCGGCGAAGAGGAAAAAGACAGAAACCAGGAGACAAAUUUCUUCCAGACUCUCACUUUUUUUUACCAAGAGGUUUGUCGUGCGCUUUCAAAGCGCAGCGGAAAACAGCACACGCGUUAUCACGAAUCUGUAUUUUGAGUCGUUCAUUUUUGGAAGGGCUCAAAAUUAAAUUUUGAGUGUAGUGGAUGUGAAAAGCGGGCUUCGGUUUAACACAGAGCCGGAGGAAUGUAUCCAAUGCAGGCAGCGGCAAGCCAGCUUCUCUGGAGAUAUCCAGCCUGCGCUCUCUGGAUGGCCCUGCUCCUCCAAAGUGUCCUGGACCUCAGCGCGUCUGGGUCUGAGUUUCCCCAAGACCCGAGUGUGCUAGCUACCACUACAUGGAACACCUCUAGUGAUGGGCCCUUCUUCAUCCGUCUUGAAGCUCCCAUGAACAACAUCACCACCUCUCUGGGCCACACAGCUGAGCUUUUCUGCCGUGUGUCCGGCAACCCGCCGCCCGCUGUGCGCUGGCUAAAGAACGACGCCCCGGUGGUGCAGGAACCACGACGGAUCUCAUACCGAUCCACGCCUUAUGGAUCACGCCUCCGCAUCCGCAACCUGGACACUACUGACACUGGCUACUUCCAGUGCAUGGCCACCAACACCCAGGGAACCGUUUCCACCACAGGCGUGCUGUUUGUGAAAUUCGAUCCACUCCCUACACCUCUGACAGGAAGGCCAACGGAGGAUUUUGAUGAGGAGGGAUUCUGCCAGCCGUACAGAGGUAUAGCCUGCGCCCGCUUCAUCGGCAACCGCAGCAUCUUUGUCGACUCGUUGCAGAUGCAGGGCGAGAUCGAGACCCAGAUCACAGCGGCCUUCACCAUGAUCGGGACAUCCAACCAUUUGUCCGAUCGUUGCUCCCAGUUUGCCAUCCCUUCUCUCUGCCACUUUGCUUUCCCGACAUGCGACCGCAGCUCUGGUACCGACAAACCUCGGGACCUGUGUAAGGACGAGUGUGAGAUCCUGGAGAACGACUUGUGUAAGACAGAGUACAUCAUCGCUCGCUCAAACCCCAUAAUCCUGAAGAGACUGAAGCUGCCAAACUGUGACGACUUGGCUGCCUCUGACAGCCCCGAGGCUGCCAACUGUCUGCGGAUCGGCAUCCCCAUGGCCGAGCCCAUAAACAAGAAUCACAAGUGUUACAACAACAGCGGGGCAGACUAUAGAGGGACCGUCAGUGUGACCAAGUCGGGGCGUCAGUGUCAGCCGUGGAACUCCCAGUAUCCUCACAGUCACACCUACCUGGCUGUCCGCUAUCCAGAGCUGAAUGGAGGACACUCGUACUGCCGCAACCCCGGGAACAAACACGAGGCUCCCUGGUGCUUCACUCUGGAUGAGGGGGUCCGCAUGGAGCUCUGUGACAUAGCCAUCUGUGACCAUAAAGACAAGUCUGGUGGCAGUAACAUGGAGAUCUUGUACAUCCUGGUUCCCAGUGUGGCGAUCCCGUUGGCCAUUGCCUUGCUCUUCUUCUUCAUUUGCGUGUGCCGCAAUAACCAGAAGUCCUCCAGACCUCCUGCCCCUCGCCAGCCCAAACCAGUCCGAGGACAAAACGUUGAGAUGUCCAUGCUCACGACUGCCUACAAGCCAAAGAGCAAGGCCAAAGAGCUUCCUCUGUCGGCUGUGCGUUUUAUGGAGGAGCUUGGAGAGUGCACUUCAGGGAAGAUCUACAAGGGUCACUUGUAUCUGCCAGGCAUGGACCAGGCACAGCUUGUGGCCAUAAAGACCCUGAAGGAUAUCUCCAGUGCUCAGCAGUGGAGCGACUUCCAGCAGGAGGCCGCAGUGCUGACGGAGCUGCAGCACCCAAACGUGGUGUGCCUGCUAGGUGUGGUGACCCAGGAGCAGCCUGUCUGUAUGCUGUUUGACUUUUUGCCCCAAGGCGACCUCCACGAGUUCCUCAUCAUGCGUUCACCACACUCUGACGUUGGCUGCAGCAGUGAUGAGGACGGCACUGUGAAAUCUAGCCUGGAUCAUGGAGACUUCCUGCACAUGGCCAUACAGGUGACUGCAGGGAUGGAGUACUUGGCCAGCCACUUUUACAUCCAUAAAGACCUUGCAGCUCGGAACAUUCUAGUAGGAGAACAGCUCCACGUCAAGAUCUCCGAUCUGGGUCUCUCCAGAGAGAUUUACUCCUCAGACUACUACUGCCUCCAGCCCAAAACUCUUCUGCCCAUCCGGUGGAUGCCCCCCGAGGCCAUCACUUACGGCAAGUUCACCACAGACUCAGACAUCUGGUCGUUCGGAGUUGUGCUGUGGGAGGUCUUCAGCUAUGGUCUACAGCCCUAUUACGGCUUCUCCAACCAAGAAGUGAUGGAGAUGGUGAGAAAGCGACAGCUGCUGCCCUGCCCCGAGGACUGUCCGCCAAGGUUUUAUGGUUUGAUGACUGAAUGCUGGCAGGAGGGACCAGCACGCCGGCCGCGCUUCAAGGACAUCCAUGCCCGCCUUCGAGCCUGGGAGGGGAUGUCAUCCCACGCCAGCUCCAGCACGCCAUCUGGUGGUGGAGGCAAUGCCACAACCCAGACCACCUCACUCAGCGCCAGCCCUGUCAGCAACCUUAGCAACCCCCGCUACGCUGCUGCUGCCGCUGCUGCUGGGUACCUCUACCCAGCCCAGGCUAUUCCCUCACCAGGCCAGAUGGCUCCGAUUACAGCCUGGACACCGAUGGCUGUGACUCAAACCCACCAGCGCUUUAUCCCCGUCAAUGGAUACCCCAUCCCGCCAGGAUACGCAGCUUUUCCAGCCCACUUCACUGCCCCUGUUCCACCAACCAGGGUAAUCCAGCACCACCUGCCACCUCCCAAAAGCCGCUCACCCAGCAGCGCUAGCGGCUCCACCAGCACGGGUCAUGUCAGCGGAGUGCCCUCCACCACGGGCUCCAACCAUGAUGCCAACACACCGCUGCUUUCCCACUGCAUCAUGCCGGGGAGCGGAGGGCCGGCUCAGAUGUAUGGACAAAUUAGCCAGAAGGGGAUGGGACAACUGGACCAUGCAUCGCAAACAUCAGCACUGCUGACUGCUGAUUCGGAUGUACUGAUGUACAACGACUCGGUCAUCACCGCAGAUCUGUAGAUAGAGGGAUACUCACGCUCUCUCUGCUCGGGACCCAAAUUUGAGAAGUUUAGCCUCUCACCCAGGGACCCAGUCUAACAGCUCUGAUCACAAGGAGACCCAACAGAAACUGGCCAGUGUGCAGCAAACACUGCCGCAGCUCCAUAAGUAUAUUCAUAGCUGUCUGACUUUUUAAUGCCUUAUUGUUUAAAGCAAGUGUACUUACUACCAUGGCUUGAAAAUGUUAUUAUUUUAACCUCUGUGUAAAUACGGUUAUAAGUCCAGAAUGAAUGAGUGAAAUAGAAGAUAUAUAUUCAAAAGAACUUUUUAUUAAGGAAAAAAAAUUAAAUUUAAAGGUGAAAACAUAGUCCAUCCUGUGUCCUAAGAAAUGGUUUGUGAUUAGAAUCUGACAAGUUCCUGUGUCAACAAUUUUUGAUGCAGGAUGUGAAGAAAACACUGACAUUCAUACCAUGACCUUCAUGUGCCUUUCAGCAGUGGUGUGACUUGCAUGUUUCUGGACAUAUUAAAACACAAAAAUGUGCUGCACGUUUGCUUGUACAGUGAAAGAAACAGCAUUUAGCAAGCAAUAACCAAGAAAUAAAAAUGGGAACAGCAGACUGAACAAACAAGAAGUUCAUCAGCUUUUAUGGAUCAUCACCGACCCGCUGCCAAUUCACCAGUGUUCAAGCCGUACAGGUUCCGGCCUUUUGGCUUUCACGUAUUGUAGCCCGGCUAUGUGACGGCCCUCAUCGAAGCAGCUGGAGUUCAAACUGAAACAGAUUGGCUACAGAUGUUAAGCUGGUGAAAAUACUCAUCCAGGCAGUGAGAUCUGGCAGAGUGCAUCAUCAUGUUCACACAAAAUCCCUUCAGAAAUGACACCUGAAUGUUUUUUGUGUAACCUAAACAUGACUAUCUGACACUUUUUCAACAUGCACACAAGCCUCUUUUUUCAAAUCUCAGUAUACUGCUUUCCAGGCUAAGGAACAAGAAAGCUGGGAGUACUUCUGAUGGGACAUUAACCUCUUCAUCUGCCUUUCAUUCUCCCUGCCUUCCUCUUUCUCCUUCACACAUCAUUCCUUCAUCACCCCCCACCACCCUUUCUUCUUCUUAUACCAUCUUCGACCCUACCUGCAGCUAUGGCAUCUAACUUCAAAAACUGGCUGCAGAGGACCCCCUACAGAUCUACAAAUGAAAUGACACAGCGCUCAUAUCCCCGACAGCCUCCACAGCUAAGCUGGACCGGUCUCAGGGCAAAAGCUUCAUUCACCAAAUGAGGGCUGAGGUCAAUUUACUGUCAGUGAUGUAAGCUAAAAUGUCACUCUCACAAAAGAACAUUUUUAUUUGUAAAUUAGAUGUGGUGUUUUAAUUUUUUUCAGUAUUUGAAUUUCGAAGGAACUUUGAUUUUAUUCACAGGGCUUCAUUUGUUUGUCCUUUCCUUGGAUCUGUAUUGUGCAAAAAAUAAAUAACUGUUCAAGACAUGGAAGUACUCAAAGUAAGAAGGGUUAAAACACAUACAGUAAGUGUCGUAGUAGAUAAUGUCAACAUCACAAAAAUGGGCCUCAGUUGGACUUUUGUAAGGAUCACUUUCAUGAGUUGGGGACAGAUUGUAUCACUGUGUGCAGAGAGAUUUAUGAAUGUUGCUUUUAUUUGGUUCACUAUCAGUAAAUGGUUGGUAUCAUGGUAUCAGUGGUAGGCAUGGUAACAGUAAACACCUGGUGCCAGCUGUACUGAUAUGUAUGUGAUCCCAACAAGAGCAAGUGCAGGUUUUAAAAGAACAAACUUAAUCUAUUUUGUCGGAGUUUCCUGAUUCUUCAAAAUUAUAGCUGUAUUUAUAUUUCAACAUGUCCAGUAGCAGGUAGUCAUGUAUGAUUCUGAAUGCAUUUACUCAAAUAUCCUUUUGUGAUAAGAGGUUUGUGUGAUUGGCAAAUGAUUAAUUCUCAGUCCUGUAAUGACACAAAUGACACCUAAGUGAUUAUUUGAUUAAGGUUGAUUAGAAGCUAAAUAUGAAGCUUUUGUUAUUUUUAAGAAAAAGUCAUAGAAGCCUGUGUAGUUAGACAAUCAUUGGUUUUGAAUGGUCAUAAAAGUGUCCCAGACUGUACAUGUGUUGCACUCUGCUGUUGUACAGACUAUCAUUCUAUCAGUCAGCUGUAUUGGCUAAACAGUACCACACAAGGGUGCGCUGCCAGCAUUUAGCUGUGGAUGUUCAUUUUUUUAAUGGUUAAGUUUUAAGUUGACAUUUGUGGAAUGUAAAUAGACAAGACGUCUGUGUAAACCCUUGGCUACUAUCUGAUUCAGUUCACUGUAGAGUUAAAAUAAAUCAGUUUUACAUUAGGUUGAGCUUUAGUUUACCCCAAGAUAAUUUAUUCAAACCAAAUAUGGUCAACAGAAGCUGAUUGUCUGCCAUUAGCAAAAUGAAGGGAGAAGCUCAUGUUUCCACCUUGGGAAGAGAUUUGUACCUCAUGUCAAAUCUAGUCCACAAUUAUUUGAAUCAUUUUAAGUUAACUUUCCCAUUGAGUUUUCUUUUUUUUUUCUCAGUGAUGUCUUUUGUCUCAUUACAUUACAUGUACAUUAUCUUUUUGUUCCUCUAAAGCAGAUCGAGCUACCUUGGCAUCUGAGUUUGUACAGGUGACCUCCAGCAUGUAAAGGAUUUAUGUGUACUAAUAUAGCAGUGCAAAAACCACUUGUACACAAGACUGUGAAUCUUAAUCAAGUCUAUGUAUUUUUAUAUUUGGAGAAAAAUCAUUAUUGUGCUUUUGUUUUGUUUGAGAUCCAUUUUUUUUAAAAAUCAAGUAAAUUUAUAUUUCUGUUCACAUGUACCCAUUGCAGAAGGUUUACAUGCUUAUGCUCCUUUUGACCAAGAGAGGCCUUGUCUUUGUAUUUUGUCUGAACAUUUUUGCACAGAUGUUUUGUAUUGCAAAAUCAUUUAUUAAAUGAUGUUGUUUGUUUAA